AUGCUAGGUAAGCAAUUAUGGCAGUGUAGCUACCUAGCACUAGUCCGCUUUCAGAAUUGGAUUUUUUUACCUCAAGGGAAAAGGAGGGCACGAAGUUGUAAAGGGAAAGCUCAGAAAAGUCUAGUAGCUCCUAGCGUGAAGCCAAGAGUUACGCCUCGGGCUUCAUGCUUUUCUUUUUGCCGAAGUCGAUUAGAAAUUCCAUAUUUUGGGUGGGACAACCUUUGUAAAGCCCACGCAGAAGAGAAGUCUUGCCCUCUCCCAACUCUAGUUCAAAAGACAAUGGAAGACAGAAAUAUAGAACCCUAUUUCAGAGGUGCGAUGAAAUUAGACGAUGAAGAAUAG